ACAUUAGGCAAUUUGAUGCAGCAGCUGCCGAGACCAUCGCCGUCUGCCUAUCGAGGCGAAUCCGAGUCGAGUCCGACAGUCCCUCGCGCGCCGUCCUCGAGGAAGCGGGGCGCCAUCCGCUAUCGAUUGGACGCCACCUACCGCCACUCAGAGGACCUCGCCAACACAUCUGUCAAAAUGGCUCUCAAGGAGUUAGUCGGGAAAAAGAUUAUGAAUGAGGUGAUACGAUCGAAGAAGAAAUCGACGAACACAGACUGGCGGGUGCUAGUGGUGGAUCAGCUGGCCAUGCGGAUGGUGUCAACAUGCCUCAAGAUGCAUGAUAUCUCGGCGGAGGGCAUCACCAUUGUGGAAGACAUCAACAAGAGCCGGGAGCCCCUGCAAGCCCUGGAGGCUAUCUACCUCAUCCAGCCCACCAAGUGUUCCAUAAGCGCCCUUGAACAAGACUUCAUUACCACAAACAAAGCCAGAUACAAACUAUGUCACGUCUACUUCACAGAAACUUGUUCAAAUGAGCUGUUUAAUGAACUCUGUAAACAACAUGUGGCCAAGUACAUCAAAACUCUCAAAGAGAUCAACAUCGCCUUCCUGCCAUAUGAAAGCCAAGUGUUCUCCUUGGACUUCCCCAAAGCAUUCCCCUCCUACUACAGUCCCUCACAGGCCCAGAAUCGCCAGAGCACUCUAGAGCGCAUGGCUGAACAGAUAGCAACAGUGUGUGCCUGCCUUGGGGAGUAUCCAGCAGUUAGGUACCGUGGAGACUUUGAGAGAAAUGUUGAGUUGGCUCAGAUGGUGCAACAGAAGCUGGAUGGCUACAAGGCUGAUGAGCCGUCUAUGGGUGAGGGGCCAGAGAAGGCUCGCUCUCAGCUCCUCAUCCUUGACAGGGGCUUUGACUGCACCUCACCUUUGCUACAUGAACUUACUUUGCAGGCCAUGGCAUAUGAUCUCCUGGACAUCGAGAAUGAUGUGUACAAAUACCAGGCCACUCAAGGAGAGAACGAGAAGGAGGUGCUGCUGGAUGAAAACGACGAUCUCUGGGUGGAGCUCCGUCACAACCACAUUGCUGUCGUCUCACAGAACAUCACCAAGAAGACUAAAGAGUUCAUGGCCACCAAACGCAACAUGGGGGACAAGACAUCAAUGAAGGAUCUCUCACAAAUGAUCAAGAAGAUGCCACAGUACCAGAAGGAGCUUUCCAAGUAUGCCACUCAUGUCCACUUGGCAGAGAGCUGCAUGAAAAAAUACCAGGGAUAUGUGGACAAGUUAUGCAAGGUGGAGCAAGACUUGGCCAUGGGUGUUGAUGCGGAAGGUGAGAAGAUCAAGGAUCCCAUGAAGAAUAUUGUUCCUAUCCUGCUGGAUGCCAAUGUGGAGAACCAGGAUAAGCUGCGAGUCAUUCUGCUGUACAUCCUGGCUAAGAAUGGUGUUUCCAAUGAGAACCUGGAGAAGCUGCUGCAGCAUGCCCAGAUUCCUGCCACUGAGAAGGACACCAUCAACAACAUGGCUCACCUUGGCAUCAAUGUUAUUGUUGAAGGAGGCAACCGCAGCCGCAAGCCCUACCAAGUGCAGCGGAAGGAGCGCAUCACAGAACAAACAUACCAGAUGUCCCGAUGGACCCCAGUCAUCAAGGAUGUCAUGGAGGACAUCAUUGACAACAAGCUAGAGGAGAAGCACUUCCCCUUCCUUGCUGGACGCUCAGCUGCCAUGCCCAAGACAGCGCCUACAAGCGUGCGGUAUGCUGGCAAUUGGCACAAGGAUAAAGUAAAGAACAUGCCCCGGCUGCUGGUGUUUGUGGUGGGUGGCAUCACCUACUCCGAAAUGCGUUCUGCAUAUGAAGUCACCAAGGCUGUAAAGAACUGGGAGGUCAUCCUUGGGUCAACUCACAUCCUGACGCCAAAGGAUUUCUUAAGCGACCUUCGUGAUCUCAGCUGAAGCAAGUGACCUCCCCAUGACCCGGCCUCUCCUUCCUCAUCCUCAAAAUCCUCCUCAAAGUCCUCCUCCCCUUCCUCUUCCUUUUCCUCCAGGAACUCUCCUCCUCCACCUCCUCCCCCUUCCCCUUGUUCCCUUCGCUCCUCCUCUUCCUCCACCGCCACCCCCACCCCUGACCCUUCUCCUCUCUCUCCAUCAAUCCCUAUCAUUGACCUAAUGCUUGCUCUCCUUCCUGUCUAACGCAAAGCUUUUGUGGCACGAAAAAAAAUAUACAUGAUAUAUUUCCUAGCAAAAGACUUAUGUUGCCAGACUUUGUUUGGUUGAUUUGUUGUCACCUUGUUCGUCCUCAUUGCAGGUAGGCGCCAAAUGAUUUGGUUUGUUUGAGGUUGCUUCUAGUGGCAGACACCAAAGCUAUUUUGCUCGCACUUCAGGAAUCCUUGCGGGCUUCGUUUCCCCUAUCUAUGUUGAUUCAGGUUUUGAGUUCCAUAAGUAUAAGGUUUUACUCUUGUUUACCUGAUAGUUUUAUUAUUGAUAGGUUAGCCAGCUGCUUGGUUUUGAUCACCUACCUUAUAGAUGUGUUUUUAGCAAGUUAUUGUAGGCAGUAAUUAUGUCUGGUUCUUAGUAUAUAAUUAUCCAUUAGUAUUUUUCAACACUAUAUAUCAGAUUAAUAACAAAAUAUCGUGCUCCAGAUUCUUUGCACAUUAAUAUUCAAUUUUCUGUAUUUUAAACGUUUAGAUAUUUCAUAUGCUACAGUAUAGUGCUAGUUGCAUCCCUCUUCUUCAUGCAACCAUCAUGUGUGUCACAGACUGCAGGAUUGACUUCAGGGCACCACUUCCCACACCCUUGACAUGAGUUGUGAUGAAGUGGUGUCUUUGGGUUAAUCUGCCUCUGAAACACACCCAGGCUGUGGCGUAUCGCUAAGUGGACAUCUUAUGAGGCCUGUCGGUAGAAACUAAAUUCUCAAACACACAAAAAAACUCAAAAUUCUGUGAUUUUUAAAAAUGGGAAACUUUUCAUAGUCUAAAUUUAUAUGUGAAAUUCAACCAGAAAAAAUUGAUGUUGUCCAAAAUUUAGCCUUUUUAGUGAUGCACCAACAGUAUGCAUCAUUCAUUGUGUGGUGGCAGGUUGGAGCUGCGAAAACAAUUGUGGUGCGGAGAGCCAUUUUGACGCUUUGUGAUUUUUCAAAGGGUUUAAAUGACUUAACCCAAUACCUGACGCAAAUCAGAAGUAGAUGUAACUCAAAAUUGCUCAUUGCAUCACAGAAUAUUAAGUCUGUGACCUGGUUUAUCUCGGUGUGUGCUGGGUCAUGGUUAAUUGCCUAACUCCAAAGUUGGGCUCUCCAUAUGCAAUCUUUAAAACUUUCUAGCCAACCGUAUUUGCCUGGGCUUUACUCCCUCUCUGUCAUAAAGGUCAUGCAUGCUCCUAAAUAGUUGUGAAGGAGUGUAAUUCUUCCAUCAGAUAUUGUCACUGCUCUCCAUUGAGACUUGAGGACACAACUUCAGAUAUUCAGUUCUCAUGAAAAUUUUUGUCCUAGUUGGAUGUGUGCAUGAGAAUGUGCAACUUAUGUAACGUGCUCCUUCAGAAGUGGAUGAGUCAUAAAUCAGCAAAGUGAAUUGCCGUAGUCUUAUGUGAUGUAACAAAUACUAAAGUCUCGUGUCAGUGUACUGUUUAUGCAUAUUGUGUAUGCACAUACAGUUCUGCAUACCUUUGCAUGCAUAUAUUUGAACUAAACAGAUAUGCAAAUUUAACAUGACAAUGCCGAAGUCAAAAAUCAUGUUUUGCAUUGAUCUGACCAAACAUGGCUGACUGUCUGUGUCAUACUACUAGCAUCAUCAUUCUAGCAACAUAUCUCUUUCGACUGACCUAGUUUCUUCACUUUGUCUUCAUUAAAUCCAUUAUGUGCCCGUGGCGGUUGGCAUGUUUUUAGUCGUUGACCUUCAUAUCGUUGGUGUAGUCAAGUAGGGUAGUUUGUUGACUUUGAAGACCAAGCUUAUGAUUAUAUUAGCAGCAUUACUUAUACAGUAGGUAGGGAGUAUGAUAAGUAUUUUUUAGGCAGAAGUGGGUUAAUCAGCAAUAUAUAGGAUAUGCUGGUUAAUUUUAAUUUUAUAUGAGGGUUUUUGCAGGAAGCAUUUGUUAAAUUGAACAUCCAUUGUUUCUGCAUGUCAAAUUAAGACUUAAAGUUAGAAGUAAUGGAGGACUAAAGUAGUUAGUAUACCAUAGUAACUACUCAAGUAUUGUGUGCAUUUUCUUCACAUUUCAACAGGUUAUUGUUACACGAGACAUCACUAUUUCCUCAGAUGAGAAAGGAAAAUACAUAAGCACUGGAGUUUCAUAUGUAAGAAAACAAGUGUGUAAUGAAUGGGAGGUUUAUGAUCCAUUUCAGUAUGACAUCAGUACACAGUCAGUUGUAGAGAAACUGAAUCCAGCAUCAUGAAGAAAUUGUGGUCUUUGGUACUAAAGACAUAUAUCAUGACAUUCCAGUUGUUACAAAGAUUCUCCUGAUCAUGCUCAGGCAUCUCAGGUGAAUCUAAUCAGUAGAAAAAGAUAAUUCAUUGAUCUAGUUUAUGUAUAUUGAAAUAUAUCAUUGAUUAAUGUAGUUUUAAGAUGAUGCACCCAAGCAAGAGUGGUGGCCAGCAGUGUCAACCUAUUGUUUAUCUUUGAGUUACUAUAUUGUACUUAAUUACAUUGUAGGUUUGUGAAGUUAGGCCUUGGUUAGGUUCGGCAAUAGUGGCACCUUGCUGGCAUAACACUCAUAUUAUGCAAUGAAUAUUUAACAUGAUUUAAAUUAUAUUUUAUCAGUUAUGUAGUGUUAAUGCUAGAAGCAAUAACCUCUGUAGUUUUGCUGCUUUUAUGGCAAGUAGCAGUUCUGAGCUCUGGAAGUGACACAAGUUUAGAAAACACAACUAUAUUGCUGUUUGUCAGUGUAUAUAAAACCUGGGUAGGGAGAAUAAAUAUCAAAUGUAACUGACACGACAGUAAGACUAAAAUGGAGUUGUUCUGCUCAAUUAAUUGAUGAGCAAGGAAAGAGAACAAUACAUAUUUUGGCAGGACACCCACUUAAGAAGUUUGGGUCUGCUUCUGUUGUCUGUUACGCCCAUCUGAGCUGUGGUGUAGCAGAUGAUAUAAGUUAGCACUACAAAUUGAAAAUAGGAGGAUUUUUAAAAGACUGUUAUUUAUUAUUAAAACAAUGUGCUGCUCAAAAUUUGAAGUUUGGAGUUAAUUUUAGUAAUUUGAAGCAGAAAUUUCUGCUAUUUGAGAUGAUCUUUGAAUUAAAGCUGAAGAGCAGAGCAUAAGAAAUGCUUGCAUUUCUUGCCUUGUUGGUAGUUCUUUAGGGCUGUGUUUGAGAGACACAUUCACUUGUUUUACUAGACUUGAUUCAUGAUCUCAAACCAAGUCAGGCCUAUCGUUGUUGACAGGUAUGGUUGUGUCCAUGUUUUUUUCUAGUCACAUUCAGUCUGUAGAGGCAUGACAUUCUUAGUGGGGAGUGAUUCACAUGAACAUGCUCUAGCACAAUACUGAUCAUGUUUGUGGACACCAUCAUCCAGUUUAAAUUCCAUGGAGUCAUUAAAAGAAAGUUUGCUGACUUGAGAUGAAUGCAAGUAAUAAGCAGUAAAGAUUUACUGCAGCCUUUAUUCAAUAACUGAAAACAAACUAGGGCUGUAAUACAAACAUUGUGGCUUUACAUAGCCUCUGCCUUAUUGUUGGACUGGUUUUAUACCAGGAGCACAAGUUAACAUUUAACAUACAUUGAUUGGUUGAUAUUCACUGAUAUCAAGAUUUAAUUCUGAAACUGGUAUAUAUAUAUGUCUUUAAAGUUAACAUUGAAUGUACUUAACUCAUUACAUAUAAUGUGAUGUAAUAACAGUUUAAUGUUUACAUCAACCUUGGGUCUUUUCACAUCUGUUUGUGGCCACGUGUCUGGCACACAGUCCCCAUCAUGGAGAAGCUGCUCUAUUACGUCACAUUUCAUGUACAAUGCAUUUCUCCAUAUUUCUGUUUUCAUGUUAUUUUACAAAUUGCACUGGGGAUUGUUAUACCAGAUAUCAGAGGAAACAGAAAGUCACUCUUUGUAAUAUACCUGAACUGUGGAUCCUAGCCACCAGACUAAGGGGAGGGGCCUGUGACAGAGGCAUAAUAUUAUAUAUAUCUUGUUCAACGAAUUGACUCUUCAAGGUAGGAUCUUGCAAGAAAAGGACCCUGUACUGUUUGAUUUUUAUUCUUAGCUGUAUAUACUUGUUUAUAGGGUUGUUUAUUUUUGUGUUGGUUGAGAUGAUUGGUUGUAAAUAUGUAAGCUAAGGAUGAUUUAGAAUAAAAGAAAAGUUUUGAUUUAGUAGGUUUACCAAGCUCUUAUUUCCUGCAUUUCUUGUGUGAUUUACAAUGAGUUUGUUUGACUGAGCUAUAUGCCUGGCAAGUGUAAGCAAGGGUUGACCAUGAACCUGGUUGUGUGAGUCAUAAUAUAUAAGUAAGCUAAAUGCUUGAGAGACACUGAACUUCUAAAGGAGUAUUACAUCUGUUAGAAUGCCUUUGUUUUCCUCCAAGGGCCGUCUAGUAGGAGUGAAGGCAGCAGUAUCUUGAGCAGGCAUAUGGCUGGUGCAUCCUAGACAUUCCCACAGCUCUCCGGCUCUGUAUUCUGUGUUGUCUUGUCCUGUUGGCUGUCAGGCCUAAACUUAACAAUAUAUAUGUCAUUAGUCAUCACUGGCUUUUCCCUUACCAGACUCUAUCAUCAUGAUACCAAUCCCGAAUAAAAGUAUUUACCUCAAAA